AUGGAAGCAGAAGUGUUGAGCCCCCAGAUGAUGGCAGACGUCAAUGGCAACAAUAAGAUCACCAACGCGGAGCUGGAGGUGCUGAAGCUGCAGGAGCUGGUGCGGAAAUUGGAGAAGCAGAACGAACAAUUGCGGAGCCGAGCGAACGCUGUAAACAAUUGCUCCGUCGGCCCUCACCAUCACCACCAGCUCCAGACGUCUCUGGCGGGGCUGCGCGGCGGUGGCACGCCGUUUCCCAGCGAGGAUUACCAGGCGAAACACGGCGUCUCCAGCCCCACGCAGCAGCAUCCCGGAGCCCCCGGAGCCCGGAGUCCGACCGAGGAGCUGUUUGCAUAUUUCCAGCCGAGCUCUGCGUCUCCUGAUGCCGCCGCGGAGGAGGAGGAGGAGGACAGGGACGCCGCCGGAGCCUGGACUGUCCUGGAUGAGGUGGAUGUCUUGGACCUGAACGCCGUGCUCCCUGUCGGAGAGCCUGAUAGCUGGCUGUAUGUUAGUCACAAAGCCAAGCUGCAGGGUGAGAGUGUCCUCGGUCCUCUACAGUGGUGCAGGCAGGUACUGGACCACCCGGGGCCUGAGGUGGCGCUGGCGAAGAUGAACCUCUGUCACAGACUGGACCAAGCGAAGCGGUGGAGAGGAGUCUCCCCCGUCCGUCCAUACAGCUGCAUCGAGGGGCUGUCCACACUCAGCUGCCCCGUCCUGCCUUACACUAAAUCUGCUGCACUAACCGAGUCCCCAGCCCCGUUGCCGUCAACUGCUCAGUCCUUCCUCCAGCCAAAUCUCCCUCUCAGGACAAGUUCUGGCCUCAGUGACAGAGUGCCCACCUUCCUGUCGAACUCUGCUCUCCACAACCUGGGUCGCCGGCAUGCAGCCAUCAGCCCGCAGUCCUCCCUGGACAGUGAGGUGGGUGUGUCGGAGCUUGAGGACGAGUCCGUCUCCAUGAGCUACAAACUGCAGGACAUGACAGAUGUGGAGGUCAUGGCACGACUUCAGGAGGAGAGUCUCCGACAGGACUACGCCACUACCUCAUCCACGGCCAGCCGCCGCAGCUCCAGCUUCUCCCUUCACUCCCUAAGGCGCAGCGAGAUGGAUCUGGAGGAGGAGGAUGAGGAUGAGGAUGAAGGGUACGACCAGCUCCCUCCUCCCCAGCCUCGACUGUUCCGCACAGGAUCUAUGCAGAGGGGAGGCCUACCCCACUCCCACACCUUCUCCAGUAUCAGAGACUGCAGACGCAUGACGACCACCCCUCAGUUUUCACUAAGUGGACUCUCCCAGUACUCUGGACCCUGCAGCCUGAGCACAGAACUACAGACAGCAUACAGGAAUAGCACAGACAAGCUACGGAGAAGCAUGCCCAACCUCCUCCGAGUUCCCAGCAUGCCCAGUGUUCCCAGCAUUCCAAGCCUGGCUUCCCCUGUCAACCCACCCUCCCACAGCCCUUCCUCCCUGCCAACGAUAUCUUCCUCCAUGCGGAACAGCCAGAGCUUUGACUCGUCCACCGGGCUCGCACGACUCCAAUCCUCCAUUCCUUCCCCAGGCCAGCUCAGUCAGAGAGUCCAGAGCAUGGCGAACUUUCCCACCAUGCCCCGGCAUCCUCUGAAAGCCACAGCCUACGUGAGCCCCACGGUGCAGCAAGGCCCCGCCUCCACCCCUCUGACCACCUCUGCCAGCCUGCACUCCAUCCCGAGCGGCAUCGCACUGCCUCAGCCCCUGAAACCCAGCAACAGUUUGGUACCACAGCCCCUGAAAGCUGGCGCCAACCAUCGCAGCUCCCUCCCUCGUCCGGCCUCAUUCGUAGGGACAAGUGGAGUCCCACGUCUGAGCAAAAUCCCCCCAGCUACACGCAGUUUACUGACACCCCCAAAGACCAUGGCUGCCCUGAGCGCCCUGAGGGACGUUAACUGGAGAGACGGCUGCUACUGA